AUGACUUUAGACUCCAUGAUGGCUUGUUGCCUGAGUGAAGAGGCGAAGGAGUCCAAGCGGAUCAACGCUGAGAUCGAGAAACAACUCCGGCGAGACAAGAGGGAUGCAAGACGGGAGCUGAAGCUGCUUCUGCUGGGUACUGGAGAGAGCGGCAAGAGCACCUUCAUCAAGCAGAUGAGAAUAAUCCAUGGGUCAGGCUACACAGAUGAGGACAAGAAGGGCUUCACCAAACUGGUCUACCAGAACAUCUUCACCUCAAUGCAGGCCAUGAUUCGAGCAACUGAGACCCUCAAGAUCCCGUACAAGUACGAACAGAACAAGAAUAAUGCCCAGGUGGUGCGCGAGGUGGACGUGGAGAAGGUUUCAUCAUUCGAGCAGCCGUACAUCAGUGCAAUAAAGAUGCUGUGGGCUGACCCUGGCAUCCAGGAGGCCUAUGAUCGCAGGAGAGAGUACCAGCUCUCUGACUCAACCAAAUACUAUCUAAGCGAUCUGGAUCGUAUUGCUGAACCGUCCUAUCUACCAACCCAACAGGACGUGCUUAGGGUUCGAAUCCCAACCACUGGGAUCAUAGAAUACCCUUUCGACUUGCAAAGCAUCAUUUUCAGGAUGGUGGAUGUGGGCGGUCAGAGGUCAGAGAGGAGGAAGUGGAUCCACUGCUUUGAGAACGUCACCUCCAUCAUGUUCCUGGUGGCGCUCAGCGAGUACGACCAGGUCCUUGUGGAGUCCGACAACGAGAAUCGUAUGGAGGAGAGUAAAGCUCUGUUCAGGACCAUCAUCACAUAUCCAUGGUUCCAAAACUCCUCCGUCAUCCUCUUCCUCAACAAGAAGGACCUGCUGGAGGAGAAGAUCAUGUAUUCUCACCUGGUCGACUACUUCCCAGAGUUUGAUGGGCCCCAGCGGGACGCCCAAGCGGGCCGCGAGUUCAUCUUGAAGAUGUUUGUGGACUUGAACCCAGACAGUGACAAGAUCAUCUACUCCCAUUUCACAUGCGCCACCGACACGGAGAACAUCCGUUUCGUCUUUGCCGCCGUCAAAGACACCAUCCUGCAGCUCAACCUCAAAGAAUACAACCUGGUGUGAGAAGAGAAAUGGAAACAGAGAGAAAGAGGGAGCGAGAGAGAGACCUGCAGCCCCCCCUACACACUCACACACACAUACAAACACACCCACACAUACAUACACACAAUGCAGAGUCCACUUCUAGAAACACACACGUGCAUGAAACACGCUGCUGCUCGAUGAGUUUAGCAUUGCUUCAUACUUUACCAGACCAACACUAUCCACGUCCUGUCCCCCCUCUCCACUCAGCUCUUUGGUUGUUUUAAAACAAUGGUUAUCUGUUUCGUGGCUCUAAUAAUCGCUCCUCGUGUACACACACAAAUAUAACACUCCCUCCAUUCGUCCCCCUCUCUUGGGUUUUACGGUCUGCUCUGAGGCUCCUCUCGGCCCCUCGGCGCGGCUCACAUUUUUUAACUUUCUUUACACUACAUUAUCACCAGUGCUUGUGUGUUGGAGGUGGGUAGAGGGCCUUCUCUGGGUAGACUAAGCUUUGAUGGACAAAGGGCUCUCUCCCCUUCUUCUUAUUUAACCCAUGCAUGCUACACACUACAGCACGAGGGCACACGGCCAGGCUGCAGACCCUGGACUCUGCUCCUCUGCAAAGGGUAACUAAUUAUGAUGAUAGGAAUAUAUUAUCAGGCAGUGCUGGGGUGCAGUGAGGUACUUGGUUCCCCCUGGGUCUUGAAUUGUGUAUUUGAUUUUUUUUUUUUUGUCAACCCGGCCCCAAAUCAGAGCACAGAGGCUCUGUUGAAUGUAAAUAAAGUUUUCAUGCUGCUCACACAGAGUGAGGGCUACACAGAGACGACUCUCUGCAGACUUUAAAUAUUCUCAGCUAUGUUAACUUCUUGGUUUUAUUCUUAUUACUGCUAUUGUUCUACAAUUAAAAUUGAAGAUGACUACUUAAAGGAACACUCCUUUUACACUGCCCCUCAUUUUAAAGUGUUAACAUACGUUACGAAACAGAAUUAAGAGACAACACUAGCGGUAUUUACAUACUGUAUAUCAGCUCCCCGUUGCCAAAUUAAAACCACCUACGUUUGUUUCUGUAAAUAUAAUUAUGUUGCCAGUAUCCUGCUCAUCCCUUAAGUGGUUCAGAUACUAACAAAACAUGUUUGGAAAUUGCCAAAAUUAAGUGCUUAAUUAAUUAAGUGGAUCAUUCAGAUGUUGAUGGCAUAAUGACUCACUUUGUGUGGCAUUUUUUUAUGUCGACUAUCGUCUAAAUCACACAUGUAUUAUUCGUACUGUGAUUUAUUUGUUCCCUUCGAUGGUGAGAAUAAUCUUCCUGUGCAGACAUGAUGAUACCAGGUUAGUACGGUGCAAUAGUCAGUUGUAGAUGAAACAGAUGAACAGUUUUUGCGCUGCCAGUUAGCUUAACAAGUCACAAGUUGGUCUCGAUCACCCAUAUGGCUUCUCUCCGUAAUCAACUCUUGUUUUGCCAUAUUACUCGGCCGACAUUUGAUAAACUCUAACGGAUAGUGAGAGUUAAGAGUUCUUUUUUUGUAUGUCUAAUUUAUCAAUCAGAUCUAUGUGUUGUCGAUACAGUAAAUGAGACUUCCUCCCUAGUUUCAGCUCACAGUUUUUCCAACCGAGGAGACGGGAGGAGAUUUUAUACUGCUGUAAAAUAUCAAAACUAUUUUAUGGACAAGUGUUCUAUCUUUCUAAUGAUACUUCAUAUAUUUAGUUGUUGCAGUUCUGUUUUGAAACGCUUGACAAUGGGAAAAAAAAACACUGUUUCCAUGUCGGGUUUGUGCUUUAUGCAAAUAGGAAAAUGAAAACAGACAAAAAACUUAGUGGUUGAAUAUUUACUGUUCAAGGAUGCUUGCUUUUUUUUUUUUUUUUUUUUUGUAAUUUUUGAGGAUAUGUGUUGGCUAUUGGUACCAAUCCCAUAUCAUGUCUCUUGCCUGAUAGUUGUUUAAAUAUUCCAUUAAGCUGAACGUUGAUAGAUGGCUAUUUUUGUCUUCACAAUGUAAUUCAGGUAAGUUUUCAUAACUUUUUCAUCACAAGGGCUACUACUAGCAGCUUUGGUAGAAAUGAAAGGACUCUAUGGACAGCAUAGAGCAAAAGGUGCAAUUAAUUAACGAGUGUGGAGGGGGAGGGGAGGGGGGUAUGAAUCAGGAGUGUGUUGACAUCGUGUUGAGGGUGAUGGCCGCAGGUUCAGUGAGGGAGGAAUGCAGCAGUCCACAGAUGCCUACACGACAUUCCCGAGGGAAGUCUGGUGGCUGUUUGGCUCUUUGUUCAUUAUCUUUUUGCCUUUUGGAGGAGGAGAAUGGCUAACGUCAAAAGAAGUUCCCGAGGUGCAAUAGCACAUAUUUAGUGUCCUGGCUGUCGCUAAUCUAACCAUCCUCUUACUCUUAUGGAUUAUUUGCUGAUCUUCUUGGCUUUGUGAUAUUUCCCACUAUGUGGUUUUUGCAUAUUUGGCUUAUCUUCUCAUUGGUAGUGUUUCCAUGUUUGGCAUUGGCUGUGUUUGAGUCAGGAAAAAGAGGAAUGCUUGGGACAGUUUGACCUUUUCAUGGGUCAGAUUACACAUCAAAGAAAUUAUUAGAGGUCCUGCCGAACUCUUUCUGUGUAUCUUUAAUUGUUUGCCAGAAAGUUUCCAGUUAAAAAAAAUCUUUUUUUCUACAGAAAAGCAGUACGAUGUGCUGAGUUUAAGGGGAAUCCACUCACCCUGUGUAUUCUUAGCCUUGAUUUCAGUCACAUGCACCCAGUGAGAGUCUUUCUGUACGCCAUGUUGAUAAAGCCAUUAUCUUGUACAUUAAGCCUUUAUGCAUCCUGAGACACUUAAAGAAGGGAUAUGUAUAUUUAUGCUAAGUGCCAUAAUUUUCUGUAGAGAUGUUGCAAAGCUCUGAAGUUAUUUCGGCUGAGAUCUUGUUUUUUCCAGCGUGUAUUUCUUGUGGAUUAAUCUUUGGUGCUUCAGCCAACAUUUAAAGGCCUUUUCUUGACCACUUUAUCCCGUAUACACGGUGAUGCUUUUCACACUCGCUUGCUUACAGACUUUGAUUUUGCGAGUGUCACAAUUCAGCUCGUUCUUCAGUUUGAAAUUAAGAGCUUAUGUAUUUUUGAAUCGACUAGUUGACAGACUUUUCCUGAGCUUGGAGAGUAGUGUUGUGUUCUGCUUUGCUGCUGGGAUAACAGUGACGUCUUUGUGUGCUUUUAAAAAUCCUCAGCUUGGCUUUCAGGAAGUACGCUCCAUUCCCCUGAUCUGUGGCUCCCCACCUGAACGGCAGGUGUGUGGGGGUCUUAUACACCGAUCAGCCAAAAGAUUAAAACCACUGGCCGGUGCAGUGUUUUUCUGAGGAACCUUGGGUUCUGGCAUUCAUGUGGAUGCACCCACCCAAACACCAUUACAUACCAGUACACCCCCUCAUGGCAACGGCACUCUUUGAUGGCAGUGCACCCUCCCAGCAAGACAAUGCACCAUGCCACACCACAAAAAGUGCUUAGGAAUGGCUCGGCAGACGUGACUAAGCUCAAGACAUCAACCUGGCCUCCAAAUUCCCCAGAUCCCAAUCCGAUUGAACAUCCAUUGGGCAUGCUGGUACCUUACCUUGCAACCCACAGGACUCAAAGGGUCGAACGACAAGGCCUUGGUGCCAGACAACACAGGACACCCCCAGAGGUCCUGUCUCCAUGCCUUGACAGGUCAGAGGCUUCAUCAUAGGUUGGACUUGGUUCUGACUCAUUUAGGCCUGAACAAAGAACCUCCGGGGCACCGGUUUGUCCCACUGAUGCUUGAUCAGAUUGGGGUCUGGGGAAUUUGCCUGAAGCUCUUUGCCAUGUUCCUUAGGCCAUUCCUGAGCAGUUUUCGCAGUGUGGCAUGGUGCACUGCCUUGCUGGGGGGCUACUGUCAUUGGGGGUACUGAUGGAAUCAGUGGGGGUACUUUGUCUAUAACAAUGUUUAGGUGGGUGGGGUGCGUAAAGGGUCAUCCACGUGAAUGCGAGGACCAAAGGUUUUCCUGCACAACAUUGCAUUGUAAUGAAACGAUCGAUGUCAUUCACUUCACCUGUCAGUGGUUUUAAUGUUUUGGCUGAUUGGUGUACACUAGGCAAAUUAACUUGACUGUGAUAAACAAAAGAAGGUGACCACUACAGGGACCAGUGUUGGCAUGACGUUGUACACUUUAAACACUUACGUUGGAUCAGCUUUCACUAUACGAGCUCCUCAUGCCUUGCAUGGCUAGUCCCAACACAGACCAAGUCACAUGGUUACACUACCAGUGAUCAGAGCCAGCAGCAGGGCUGGGUCGUUUCUUUAAAGCCCUUUCCAUUGACUUGUACUGUAUUUGCUUUAUUCUGCGUAGAAUGCAUUGUGGAGAAGGUUUGUACGACAAUCCAGUACAAAACACUGUGCCAAACAAAAUCAGAUCAGCCACAGAAAAGAUACGAAAAUUCCCAAUUUGUCGUCACCUGAUCCAGAGCUCUGGUGUUGUUCAUCCACUUUAACAUGACGGUGUCUUUAUUUCCGAAUGAAGCUUGUGUUUGAAGCCUCAGUAUUAAUGUAUUUAUUAAAAGACUUGCCAAGUGAAGGUACUAAAACAGUAAUUAUAAUAUUUUGGUGGUUCCAAUCGCGAGUGAGUGAAUGCUGUGAGUUUACAUGUCUGCCAUUCUCCACUCUCUUCUCCCGUACUUGAUUGGACUGUGUAUUCUUUCCCUGGGUCGAAGGCACUGAAACUGCACCACUGCAAUGGGCCUGCAUUCAUGCAACUUAGAUGUCCGUUCAAGCGUGCUCGUUGGUACUCUGAGGUGUGUGCGUAUGCGUGUGUGUAUGUAUGUGUACACUUUUUGACGGCUUAUUGCUUAUAUGCUUGAGAUCCAUUCUGAUUAGAGGGAUGGACACACAGUGAUAUUAAAAAGCUAUCUUUGCAUCUUUUAUUUUGUUUCUUUUGUAAGGUUUGACACACCUUAACACAUGUAUUUAGGACCACUUAAGAUGACAGACUUUUUUAAAACAGUUAAAAUAAACUUUGUGUAGUGGUGUACAAAUUGAAAGUAAUGUAUUUUUGUUUUGAUUUUUUUUUUCUUUUUUUUUAAGUAUACCAAAUGUAAAUUAUGUACAAUGAGUGUGCCAAUCCCCUUUCUUUGUAAAGCCAGACUCUUAACAAGUGCCAAUGUUGUGAAAAAUCAGAGGGCCUGUGAAUUUCAUGGUCCAGUUUUUAAAACAAAUAAACACUUAAGUAUGUGAUUAAUUAACUAAAACAGGACAAUUUUAUUCUAUAUUUAAGAUUAAUGAUGAACUGCUGUUUUUAAGAUAAAUGUCAUUUUAAUUGCAUGUGUUUGUCAGGUUGGGGAGGGAGUGGGUGGGUGAGAUACUGUAUUCAUGCAACGCCCUCAUGAAAAGGGUCCUAAUGGUUAUUGAUUUACAGUAUUUUAGCCAUAUUUCUCUUUUGUAUGUUUCAUUUCAACCACUGUUGCCUGAACCUCAUUCAAACAUGAAAUGAUUUUCAUAGCCUUCUCCUUUAAAUGUUUUAAAUUGGAAUAAAAUAUGUUCCUAUACUCUCUUA